AUGCCGCGACUCAACACUAAACAACACGCUGAGGUUGAGAUCCCGCCAAAAUUUGUCGACUUCAAAUUGGAAGAGUAUCGAUGUGAUGAAACUUGCAUAAUAGCAUUCUGCUCAGAAGAAGCUAAAAAAAGGAUUAACACCUAUAAGAUAUUUUAUGGCGAUGGUACGUUCCAUAGUUGCCCAUCACCUUUCCAACAGAUGUACACAAUCCACGGGGACGUCGGGUCCACCACCGACAGUCUAAACAUCGUCCCUUUGAUUUAUGUUUUCAUGACGGAUAGCACGACACAAAGCUACGUUACUGUUUUUAACAUAAUCAAACGACACUUGCCAGGGUUUAAUCCGUCACAGUUUAUGACUGACUACGAAACUGCUGCAAUGAAUGCCAUCUCCGAAGUAUUCCCGCAAGCUAUAGUAAAAGGAUGCUGGUAUCACUACGCCAGAGCCAUUCAGAGAAAGGCCAAAAAGUUGCGCAUUACAAAAAGGCAACAUGACAAGAGAAUAGUUGCUUUAACACAAGUACUACCAUUUUUACCGGUUGAUUUAAUACUGGAAGGAUGGGAAUACAUCUUGGAUGACCUAUACGAUUCAGAUGAUGACGAAAUGCUUGAAUUUAAAACAUACUUUGAGGGGCAAUGGUUGGAGCCUAUACAAUUUAAAGAAAAGUGGUCGGUAUACCGGGAGCUUGUAAGGACAAAUAAUUGUCUUGAAGGAUGGCACAGUAAAAUUAAUGGUCUCGUGGGCAAAAGAAAACGACCAAGCCUACUAAAACUACUGUCUAUUUUAAAAAAUGAUGCUGAUUAUUAUAUGAUCAAGAUGAAAGGUGGGCUUCGUGAGAAACGAAAGAAAAAUACUAUAAAACGACAAGAAUUUAUUGAGAAAUAGUACAUUAUUGCAGAGGCCGGGAAAGGGCAAUUCGUGGAUGAGUUUCGAUUUUGUCGACAAAGAAGACGAAUCCACGAAUUGCUAUUCCUGCCGAGGCAUAUAUAGUGCUUUUCUCUAAACAUGCGAGGAAAUAAGGUAAAAUAAUAAUUAUUUAAGCAUUAAGCAUCAUUCAAUCGAACCUUCACGUCAAAAAUGUCAAAAACAAUUUCCCUCUUUAAUUAUCUUUUAAAAGUUAAGGGUACAAACUUAUUCUGCCAGUCAGUACCAUUCAAUAUUCGUUCAUUCAAUAUAAUUGUGCAAUAUAGUUGGUCAAACCAAUUUGUCAGUCAGUAAGAACCAGGAAAACUAUACUCAUCCUUUUCUUUUGGGUGCUAGUACUAGUGUAAGACAAAGAUAGUAUGAUUCUCUCUGUCUAUGUUUGAAAUGAGAAAGUCCUUUGACAAACUAUAUAAGCUAUAUGAACACGGAUGCCAUCCUUAAAAAAUAUAAAAAUAACCUUUGAUUUUAUUAAGCAGUAUUCGCACGAUCA